AGAAAGCCCCACGCGCACCACUUCCAUAAGUUACCAAUAUUCCCAUCUCUACGCACCAAUAUCUAAAAUCCAAUCAGCUUUACGUUUGAAAUUUGAUUUAAUAAAAGCUUUGUUCUUUUCUACUUUUCCUCUUGUGCUCUGAUAUUCCUUCCGAGUACACUUGCUCAAUUAAUGAAUGUGUAUUUAAAUCAAUAGAAAGCGGUAAAACAUCUGCUGCCAUCAAAAGGGCCUGGUUGGAAACCAAGAAAAAGUGUUCCAUUUUCUUUGAAUCUUUAAAGUUGGUGGCGUUGAACAUUAAAAGCAGCAGGAGCAGAAGGUUUGAAGUUAUGGGUUUUAAUUAUAUUUGAUGGGUUUUUAGUGAAGAGGAAGGGGCUUUGAUGGCUGCUACAGCUAAGUAUCAAUAAGUCCUGGUGAAAUUUUCAAGAAAGGUGGGAUUUCGGCAGUCGAGUGCUGGAAAGAUAAUGGGUUUUCGCUCGUUGUUUUGUUGUGUAAAGGGUUCAGAUCGGAAAAACCAAGGGAAAAAGGAGGCAACAUGGAGGAUCUUUUCCCUGAAGGAGUUGCAAUUGGCUACGAAUAAUUUUAACUACGAUAACAAGCUUGGAGAAGGUGGAUUUGGCAGUGUCUAUUGGGGUCAGCUCUGGGAUGGUUCUCAAAUAGCUGUAAAAAGGUUGAAGUCAUGGAGUAACAAAGCGGAGAUGGAGUUUUCCAUUGAAGUCGAGAUACUUGCUCGAGUACGACACAAGAAUUUGCUUACUCUACGUGGCUAUUGCGCAGAAGGGCAAGAACGUUUGAUUGUAUACGACUACAUGACCAAUCUGAGCUUACUAUCUCAUCUUCACGGGCAGCAUUCUGCUGAAUGCCAUCUCGACUGGACCAGGCGGAUGAACAUUGCUAUUGGGGCUGCCGAGGGCAUCGCCUAUCUACACCACUAUGCAACCCCACACAUAAUCCAUAGAGACAUUAAAGCUAGCAACGUAUUGCUAGACAGUGAUUUCAAAGCCCAAGUUGCCGAUUUUGGAUUUGCAAAAUUUAUACCUGAUGGUGCAACGCAUGUAACCACGAGAGUAAAGGGUACACUCGGCUAUCUUGCUCCUGAAUAUGCAAUGUUGGGAAAGGCAUCAGAGAGCUGUGAUGUCUAUAGUUUCGGCAUUCUUUUGCUUGAGCUUGCUAGCGGCAAGAAGCCUCUAGAGAAGCUCAGUUCGACAAUGAAGCGUACCAUCACCGACUGGGCCCUGCCUUUGGCUUGUGAAAGAAAGUUCAACGAACUUGCAGAUCCAAGGUUAGAUGGGAAGUACAUCGAAGAAGAGUUGAAAAGGGUCAUCUUUGUUGGACUAAUCUGUGCCUGUAAUCGGCCCGAGAAAAGACCAACAAUACUUGAAGUGGUUGAUCUGCUGAAAGGAGACAGAGAGAAGUUUGCUGCUGUAGAGAGUGAUGAAAUGUUCAAGAGCACUCUGGUUGCAGAUUCUGGUGAAAACGGCAGAUCCGAACUUAUCUCAGAUGAGAAGGAAAAGAAACAAGAAAUAGGAAGUGACUGAGUCCUGGAUCCUACAUCUGUUUAAUACUUUUGCUAGCGAAAGAAAUAUGUAACAUGGAAAGAAUUGAAGUGAUUUUCGAGUUUGCUGUGUGAUUUCUUAAACUUAUUACUUGUCUUGAGUGAUGAUAUUGAAAAUUUUAUCAUAUGCUAUACUUUUGUUGGAUGCCC